GUGCUGUACAACAUGUUCAGCUUUGUGGCAGACAUGCCAGAGGUGGAGCCAGUGGACGUGUUCCUCGGCGUGGCGAGGUUCUUCGUGGUCGGGCUCGGUGGGAUGGGCUUCGGCAUUCUGUUCGGCUUCGUGGCCGCCUUCACAACGAGAUUCACCUCCAGGGUCCGAGAAAUCGAGCCCCUCUUCAUAUUCAUGUACAGCUACUUGGCCUAUUUGGUGGCCGAGCUCUUCGCUAUCUCGUCCAUUAUGGCCAUUGUUACCUGUGCCCUCACCAUGAAAUACUAUGUGGAGGAAAAUGUCUCCCAGCGUUCCUGCACAACCAUUCGCCACGUGGUCAAGAUGCUUGGCUCCAUCUCCGAGACCCUCAUCUUCUUCUUUCUCGGGGUCGUCACGAUAACAACAGAACAUGAGUGGAACUGGGGCUACAUCCUGUUUACGCUGCUGUUUGCCUUCGUCUGGAGAGGUCUUGGUGUCUUGGUGCUGACUCAGAUCAUUAACCCUUUCCGCACCAUUCCAUUCAACAUGAAGGAUCAGUUUGGUUUGGCCUAUGGUGGCCUGCGAGGCGCAAUUUCAUUCGCCUUGGCUUUCACUCUUCCUAAUACCAUCGGCCGCAAGCCGCUCUUCGUCACGGCCACCAUCGCCGUCAUCCUCUUCACUGUGUUUCUUCAGGGCAUCAGUAUCCGUCCUCUGAUUGAGUUCAUCAAUGUCCGCAGAACCAACCGCAAUCUUGACACCAUCAACGUAGAGAUCCACUGCAGGCUCAUGGAUCACACCAUAGCAGGCAUAGAGGACCUCUGUGGACAGUGGAGCCACUUCUACUGGAAGGACAAGUAAGAACUU